CGCGCCCGCGCCCGCGGCGCACGUGCCCAGCGCAGCCCGGGAAGUUUCUGACAGAUAAAGCCUGGGAGGAACCCAGCACAGAGCCCCCCGAGCCCGACCCCGACCCUGACCCGGGAGGGAAGGUCGACUCAAAGGGGGAUUUGCAUCCACCUGCCGUCCCACGAUGAACUCCACCCCCCACCACGGGACGCACACUUCCCUCCACCUCUGGAAUCACAGCAGCUUCGCGCUUCACAGCAACUCCAGUGACGCCCUGGGGAAAGGUUCCUCUGACGCGGGGUGCUAUGAACAACUCUUCGUCUCCCCUGAGGUGUUUGUGACUCUGGGCGUCAUCAGCUUGUUGGAGAAUAUCCUCGUGAUCGUGGCCAUCGCCAAGAACAAGAACCUGCACUCGCCCAUGUAUUUCUUCAUCUGCAGCCUGGCCGUGGCCGACAUGCUGGUGAGCGUCUCCAACGGCUCAGAGACCAUCGUCCUCACGCUGUUGAACAGCACCGACCCGGGCGCGCAGAGCUUCACCGUGAACAUUGACAACGUCAUUGACUCUGUGAUCUGCAGCUCUCUCCUCGCCUCCAUCUGCAGCCUGCUCUCCAUUGCCGUAGACAGGUAUUUCACUAUCUUUUACGCCCUCCAGUACCAUAGCAUCAUGACCGUGAAGAGGGUUGGCAUCGUGAUAAGUUGCAUCUGGGCGGCUUGCGCCGUUUCGGGCGUCUUGUUCAUCAUUCACUCGGACAGUAGUGUUGUGAUCAUCUGCCUCAUCACCAUGUUCCUCACCAUGCUUGUCCUCAUGGCCUCUCUCUAUGUCCACAUGUUCCUGAUGGCCAGGCUUCACAUUAAGAGGAUUGCUGUCCUCCCGGGCACGGGUACCAUCCGCCAAGGUGCCAACAUGAAGGGGGCAAUCACCUUGACUAUCCUGAUUGGGGUCUUCGUUGUCUGUUGGGCCCCCUUUUUCCUGCACUUAAUCUUCUACAUCUCCUGUCCCCACAACCCGUACUGUGUGUGCUUCAUGUCUCACUUUAACUUGUACCUCAUACUGAUCAUGUGCAAUGCCAUCAUUGACCCUCUCAUUUACGCACUCCGGAGUCAAGAGCUGAGGAAAACCUUCAAAGAGAUCAUCUGUUGCUAUCCCCUGGGAGGCCUCUGUGACUUGUCUAGCAGAUAUUAAAAGGGGACGGAGGAGAAUCUAUAAACCUGCAGAAGGGACUGUUACUUUCUGGUACAACCUGAACAGUGAACAGCAGCAACUUGUGUGUCUUCUGUGUAGUGCUUUUGAUUGAAAAUAUCUAUUGUAUACAUUUAAGCUGUUGGCUUUUGAUAUGAAGAAGUCCAAACUCAUGUCUAAUGUCAUGCUACUUUUUAGUUGUGAAAUGCUAAUCUGUAUUCUAUAUUGUAGGUACUAGAGAUUUACAGAAUGAAAGAAAUCCUUAUUAAAAGCUUAA